AUGAGCUCUCCUCUUCACGAUAACCCGACCUCGGGCAACCGUGGUGCCAAUCCACGGUCGAGCCGCAAACGCUCGCGAACCGGUGGCGAUGAUGCCACAUCCUCUGUUGGGCCAGGCUCAAGUCCUAUGCCCUCAUCACCCCCGGCCCCCUUUAACAUUGAGCACGGUGUCGAGGACGAUGAUGAAGUUGAGGAGGAGGCUGAGAUCCAAGACGACAUUGACGACCUCGAUGAAAUGGCCGACGACGAUGUCGAUCUGUUCCGCGAGGGCUUUGAAGCGGAUUACAGAUCGCGUGAAGACGAUGCAUACGAAAGAAUGGGCCUUGAUGAUGAUGGUGAUUUUGACGACAUGGACCUGGGCGACAGACGGAGACUUGAAGCACAGCUGAAUCGACGAGACAAAGAAGUUGCCCGUCGACAGCGCAUUCCCGCAGCUUUCCUCCCAGGUGAUGAUGAUGACGGUGAAAUCGACCUAACCGCUCAACCACAUCGACGGCGUCACCACUAUGACGAAGACCCAGACGAUGCCAUGGAUGCUGAUAUUAUGGACGAAGAGCUCUCACUUGAAGCUCUUGGCGAUGUCAAGGCUGCCAAUCUGACUGAGUGGGUAUCGCAACCCCCUGUUCAGAGGACAGUCAAGCGCGAAUUCAAGGCAUUCCUCACCUCAUACACUGAUGCCUCUGGCUCCUCCGUCUAUGGUAACCGCAUUCGAACGCUUGGUGAGAUUAACGCUGAGUCACUCGAGGUCUCUUAUGAGCAUCUCUCAGAAAGCAAGGCCAUUCUGGCGUACUUCUUGGCAAAUGCCCCCGCCGAAAUGCUCAAGCUAUUCGACGAAGUUGCCAUGGACGUUGUCCUCCUGCACUAUCCCGAUUACGAGCGUAUUCACUCCGAGAUUCACGUCCGCGUCUUUGACCUCCCUGUGCACUAUACCCUCCGCCAACUGCGUCAGUCACACCUGAACUGUCUUGUUCGUGUCAGCGGUGUCGUCACCCGACGAAGUGGCGUCUUUCCUCAGCUUAAGUAUGUCAAGUUUGAUUGCACCAAGUGUGGUGUUACGCUUGGACCUUUCCAACAGGAAUCCAACGUUGAAGUCAAAAUCACCUAUUGCCAGAGCUGUCAAUCUAGGGGCCCUUUCACAUUAAACUCGGAAAAGACUGUCUACCGCAACUACCAGAAAUUGACACUGCAGGAGUCCCCUGGCACGGUCCCAGCUGGUCGCUUGCCACGAACGCGUGAAGUCAUUUUACUGUGGGAUCUCAUCGACAAGGCGAAACCUGGUGAAGAAAUUGAAGUCACUGGCAUCUACCGAAACAACUACGACGCGCAGCUCAACAACAGAAAUGGAUUCCCCGUUUUUGCGACGAUUCUGGAAGCAAAUAAUGUCAUCAAGUCUCACGACCAGCUUGCUGGGUUCCGUAUGACGGAGGAAGAUGAGCACGAGAUUCGUAAGCUCGCGCGGGAUCCUAACAUCGUGGACAAGAUUGUCAACUCCAUGGCGCCCAGCAUCUACGGCCACACCGACAUCAAGACUGCAGUGGCCCUCUCGCUCUUUGGAGGUGUCGCCAAGAAGACAAAGGGCGAGCACCAUAUCCGUGGCGACAUCAACGUACUCCUUCUUGGUGACCCUGGUACCGCCAAGUCCCAGGUGCUCAAGUACGUUGAGAAGACGGCGCACCGAGCCGUGUUUGCAACGGGCCAGGGCGCAAGUGCUGUUGGUCUUACAGCUAGUGUGCGUCGUGAUCCAUUGACCAGCGAAUGGACCCUCGAAGGCGGUGCUUUGGUGCUGGCAGAUCGUGGCACCUGCUUGAUUGACGAGUUUGACAAGAUGAAUGACCAAGAUCGAACAUCUAUCCACGAAGCUAUGGAGCAGCAGACCAUCUCCAUCUCCAAAGCGGGUAUUGUGACGACUCUGCAGGCUCGAUGCGGAAUCAUUGCGGCUGCCAAUCCCCAGGGUGGCCGUUACAACUCUACUCAGCCGUUCUCACAAAACGUCAACCUCACUGAACCCAUUCUGUCGCGUUUCGAUAUUCUCUGCGUUGUCCGUGAUACUGUUGAACCUGAAGAGGAUGAGCGCCUCGCUCGUUUCAUUGUCGGCUCCCACAGCCGCAGCCACGGCCGCCAACAAACGCAGGACUCAAUGCAAGUUGAGCAUGACAGUCUGCAGACCGACACGCAGGGCUCAUCUUCAUCAACAAAGAAGGAGGGUGAGAUUCCGCAAGAAUUGCUCCGAAAGUACAUUCUCUACGCCCGAGAGCGAUGCAACCCCAAGCUGUACCACAUGGAUGAGGACAAGGUCGCUCGUUUGUUUGCCGAUAUGCGAAGAGAAUCACUAGCCACGGGUGCCUAUCCCAUUACCGUGCGUCAUCUGGAAGCCAUCAUUCGCAUCAGCGAAGCUUUCUGCAGGAUGCGUCUGUCAGAAUACUGCUCCGCGCAAGAUAUUGACCGUGCGAUUGCUGUGACGGUGGAGAGUUUCGUGGGCAGCCAGAAACUCAGCUGCAAGAAGGCUUUGGCUCGUGCAUUUGCCAAGUAUACACUUACAAGACCGGGUGCGAGCCAGAGGAGAGGUGCACAGAGAAGAACUGCCACUGCUUCAGCAUGA